GUUGCGUGGAGGGUUGUUUUAUCCGCCCCCCCUUCCCAACACCUUUUUUUGCUCCGGGAGUCUUAUUAAUUUCUCUGUGGGGCUGCAGCUGGAGACCGCGGAGCGUUGGAAAUGACGCUCGGAGCUUUAAUUACCGCAGCCGCCGGACAAGUGUGAGGAAAGCUGACAGGAAAAAGAAGGACAGGAUCGGGGGAGAAGCAAGCAGCUUUCCCCCCUCUUCUUCCCUCCCAAUUUGGACUGGAGGUGCAAGGAAACUGAAAAGGGAGCCGAACAUAGCCCGUCCGGGGGGAGAGGCCGGAAACAUACCGCCUCUCUGCAAUCAACUUUUUUUGGAAACCUUUUUCUCCCUUCCUUUUUUUCAUUGUUGAUCAACCAGUGAGAGAGAGAAAGUGAAGAGGGAGCGAGAAAGCAAAGGCUCCCACGGGGAAAUAGCUGCACAGUCCGGCCCGGGGCCCGGGCGCAAACACUCGAGCGCACUCCCACACGCGCCCACAAGCGCGCACCCUCUCCGCUCCUCGGGUCCCCGGCCCGGGACCAGCGGGCGCGGACAGGGUCGCCGGCGCUCGGAGCCCCUGCACCGCGCGCGCCGCGCGCCGGUCCCCCUCGCGCCCCGACGCCCGCCGGGCUGAGGGAUCUCCUCCGCGUGCCCGAAAGGGGAUAUGCCAUUUGGACAUGUGAUUGUCAGCACGGAAUCUGAGACUGCCAAAAAAUGAAGCUGGCGACAGGACUGUGGGUCUGGGUGAGCCUUCUCGUGGCGGCGGAGACCGUCCAGCCCAGCGCUUCUCAAUCAGUGUGUGCAGGAACAGAGAAUAAGCUGAGCUCUCUCUCUGACCUGGAGCAGCAGUACCGAGCCUUACGCAAAUACUAUGAGAACUGUGAGGUUGUCAUGGGCAACCUGGAGAUCACCAGCAUCGAGCACAACCGGGACCUCUCCUUUCUGCGGUCUAUUCGAGAAGUCACAGGCUACGUGUUAGUGGCUCUUAAUCAGUUUCGUUACCUUCCUCUGGAGAAUUUACGCAUCAUCCGUGGGACAAAACUGUAUGAAGAUCGAUAUGCUUUGGCGAUAUUUUUAAACUACAGAAAAGAUGGGAACUUUGGACUUCAAGAACUUGGAUUGAAGAAUCUGACCGAAAUCCUAAAUGGUGGAGUCUAUGUAGACCAGAACAAAUUUCUCUGUUACACAGACACAAUUCAUUGGCAAGAUAUUGUUCGGAAUCCAUGGCCUUCCAACUUGACUCUGGUGUCAACAAACGGUAGCUCAGGAUGUGGACGUUGUCAUAAGUCCUGUACUGGCCGAUGCUGGGGACCCACAGAAAAUCACUGCCAGACCUUGACCAGGACAGUGUGUGCAGAGCAAUGUGAUGGCAGGUGCUAUGGACCCUACGUCAGUGACUGUUGUCAUCGAGAAUGCGCUGGAGGCUGCUCUGGACCUAAGGACACUGACUGCUUUGCUUGCAUGAAUUUCAAUGACAGUGGAGCAUGUGUUACUCAGUGUCCUCAAACUUUUGUCUACAAUCCAACCACCUUUCAACUGGAGCAUAACUUCAAUGCAAAAUACACAUAUGGAGCAUUUUGUGUCAAGAAAUGCCCACAUAACUUUGUGGUUGAUUCCAGUUCUUGUGUGCGGGCCUGCCCCAGUUCCAAGAUGGAAGUUGAAGAAAAUGGGAUUAAAAUGUGUAAACCUUGCACUGAUAUAUGCCCAAAAGCUUGUGAUGGUAUUGGUACAGGAUCAUUGAUGUCAGCUCAGACUGUGGAUUCCAGUAACAUUGACAAAUUCAUAAACUGUACCAAAAUCAAUGGGAAUUUGAUCUUCCUUGUCACUGGUAUUCAUGGGGACCCUUAUAAUGCAAUAGAAGCCAUAGACCCAGAGAAACUGAAUGUCUUUCGGACAGUCCGCGAGAUAACAGGGUUUUUGAACAUACAAUCAUGGCCCCCAAACAUGACUGACUUCAGUGUUUUUUCUAGCCUGGUGACCAUUGGUGGAAGAGUACUCUAUAGUGGCCUCUCCUUGCUUAUCCUCAAGCAACAGGGCAUCACAUCUCUGCAGUUCCAAUCCCUGAAGGAAAUCAGUGCAGGAAACAUCUACAUUACUGACAACAGCAACCUGUGUUAUUAUCAUACCAUUAAUUGGACAACGCUCUUCAGCACUGUCAACCAAAGAAUAGUGAUCCGGGACAACAGGAAAGCGGAUAAUUGUACUGCUGAAGGAAUGGUGUGCAACCAUCUAUGCUCAAGCGACGGCUGUUGGGGACCUGGGCCAGACCAGUGCCUGUCAUGCCGCCGGUUCAGCAGGGGAAGGACCUGCAUAGAGUCUUGUAAUCUCUAUGAUGGUGAAUUUCGGGAGUUUGAGAACGGCUCCAUCUGUGUGGAGUGUGACCCCCAGUGUGAAAAGAUGGAAGAUGGCAUCCUCACAUGCCAUGGGCCGGGACCUGACAACUGUACCAAGUGCUUCCAUUUCAAGGAUGGCCCAAACUGUGUGGAAAAAUGUCCGGAUGGCUUGCAGGGGGCAAACAGUUUCAUUUUCAAGUACGCAGAUCAGGAUCGGGAGUGCCGCCCGUGCCAUCCAAACUGCACCCAAGGGUGCAUAGGCUCAAGUAUUGAAGACUGCAUCGGCCUGAUGGAUAGGACCCCCCUAAUCGCAGCUGGAGUCAUUGGUGGGCUCUUCAUCCUGGUCAUCGUGGCUCUAACAUUUGCAGUUUAUGUUAGAAGAAAGAGUAUCAAGAAGAAAAGAGCCUUGAGAAGAUUCCUGGAAACAGAGUUGGUAGAACCCCUAACGCCCAGUGGCACAGCGCCCAAUCAAGCUCAACUUCGGAUUUUGAAAGAAACUGAGCUCAAAAGAGUAAAAGUACUUGGUUCGGGUGCUUUCGGAACUGUUUAUAAAGGUAUUUGGGUGCCUGAAGGAGAAACAGUGAAGAUUCCUGUGGCUAUUAAGAUUCUUAAUGAAACAACUGGUCCCAAAGCUAAUGUGGAGUUCAUGGAUGAAGCUCUGAUCAUGGCAAGUAUGGACCAUCCACACUUAGUCCGGUUAUUGGGUGUGUGUCUGAGCCCAACCAUUCAGCUGGUGACACAGCUUAUGCCCCAUGGAUGCCUGUUGGAUUAUGUCCAUGAACACAAGGAUAACAUUGGAUCGCAGCUGCUGCUCAACUGGUGUGUCCAGAUAGCUAAGGGAAUGAUGUACUUGGAAGAAAGACGGCUUGUUCAUCGGGAUUUGGCAGCCCGUAAUGUCUUAGUGAAAUCUCCAAAUCAUGUGAAAAUCACAGAUUUUGGACUAGCCAGACUCUUAGAAGGAGAUGAAAAGGAGUAUAAUGCUGAUGGAGGAAAGAUGCCAAUUAAAUGGAUGGCUCUGGAGUGUAUACACUAUAGGAAAUUCACCCAUCAGAGUGACGUUUGGAGUUAUGGAGUUACUAUAUGGGAACUGAUGACCUUUGGAGGAAAACCUUAUGAUGGAAUUCCAACCCGAGAAAUCCCCGACUUAUUAGAGAAAGGAGAACGUUUGCCGCAGCCUCCUAUCUGCACUAUUGACGUUUACAUGGUCAUGGUCAAAUGCUGGAUGAUUGAUGCUGACAGUAGACCUAAAUUUAAGGAACUGGCUGCUGAAUUUUCGAGGAUGGCUCGAGACCCUCAAAGAUAUCUAGUUAUUCAGGGUGAUGAUCGUAUGAAGCUUCCCAGUCCAAAUGACAGCAAGUUUUUUCAGAAUCUCUUGGAUGAAGAGGAUUUAGAAGAUAUGAUGGAUGCUGAAGAAUACCUGGUCCCCCAGGCUUUCAAUAUCCCACCUCCCAUCUAUACUUCCAGAGCAAGAAUUGACUCAAACAGGAGUGAAAUUGGACACAGCCCUCCUCCUGCCUACACCCCCAUGUCAGGAAACCAGUUUGUAUACCGAGAUGGGGGUUUUGCUGCAGAACAAGGAGUGCCUGUGCCCUACAGAGCCACAACCAGCACCAUUCCAGAAGCUCCAGUGGCUCAGGGGGCUACAGCUGAGAUUUUUGAUGACUCCUGCUGUAAUGGCACUUUGCGCAAGCCAGUGGCACCCCACAUCCAAGAAGACAGCAGCACUCAGAGGUACAGCGCUGACCCCACGGUGUUUGCCCCAGAACGGAGCCCACGAGGAGAGCUGGACGAAGAAGGGUACAUGACCCCUAUGCGAGACAAACCCAAACAAGAAUACCUGAAUCCUGUGGAGGAGAACCCUUUUGUUUCUCGGAGAAAAAACGGAGACCUGCAAGCUUUGGAUAAUCCCGAAUAUCACAAUGCUUCCGGUGGUCCACCCAAGGCAGAGGAUGAAUAUGUGAAUGAGCCCCUGUACCUCAACACCUUCGCCAGCGCCUUGGGGAACGCCGAGUACCUGAAGAACAGCGUACUGUCUGUGCCCGAGAAGGCCAAGAAGGCAUUCGACAACCCCGACUACUGGAACCACAGCCUCCCUCCGCGGAGCACCAUGCAGCACCCAGACUAUCUGCAGGAGUACAGCACAAAAUAUUUUUAUAAACAAAAUGGGCGGAUCCGGCCUAUUGUGGCAGAGAAUCCUGAAUACCUCUCUGAGUUCUCGCUGAAACCAGGCACUGUGCUGCCUCCUCCACCCUACAGACACCGAAAUACUGUGGUGUGAGCUCAGCCGUGGCUUUCAGGGGGAGCCACGCCCGCUCCAAUGUCCCCACCGCCUCUCUUUCUCUUAGAGUCUUCCUUCUACUCCCAAGGCCAGUAGUUCUGACACUUCCCAGUGGAAGACAUAGAGACGCAAUGAUAGUUACGUACUUAUCUAACUUGAACCUUAGAAGGAAGAACUGAAAGAGAAAGACAGGAGGAACCACACUGUUUCUUCAUUUCCCCGUAUGGUUAGUCAGGAGAUAAACAGAAAAGGACCCACGAAUACAAGGCAAUACUGCCUGCCAUCAAACUAGUUCUCAACUUUUUAUUAUUUUUUAAUGCAAAUGCUUAAAAGACCCAUGCUAUCUGUUCCUAUCUGCAGGAACUGAUGUGUACAUUUUCAGCAUCCCUGAAAUCCUAAUAAAAUUUUUAUUAGAACAAAAGGAUAACCUUUUCGAUAACAUACGAUAGUAACUGAGAUUGAGAAUACGAUUUCUUUCUCCAGCACUUUCUGUCCUGACAGGCAAGAGUGGCCAGUUAAGCUUUUAUAAUUUUUGAAUCUCUGUCAAAAUUAUAACCAGUAAUUAUGUUUGGAAGGCUUUUUUUGUUUUUGUUUUGUAUUUUUUUUGCUUUGAUCUGUCAUUUCAUAUUAUUUUCUCCCCUAGUUUUGGCUUGAAUUUCUAAUUGCAAAUAUUUUUACAUCAAGUCUUCUGUGUUGUCCUGUACUGACAAAAUUAUAAAAUACAUAUUUUAAUAUGGUGAAAUGGCCACCAUUUUAAGUACCCAGCCUUUAAAAUUAGAAGUGGAGGCCAAGAUAUUAGUCAGAUGUUGCAUCAAAUCUAACUUUCAUGUUUUACGCUAUUAAAUAUAUAGCCCUCCAAUCCAGUAUGUUCUUGAACAUUUUCUUGUCCUCCAUCAGUAACAGUGCUUGAUAGGCAGUUGGUGAUGUUAAGCAUAGAAGGGAAACUAAGAGACAGUACUGUGUGGUUCAUAAAACUACUGACACUUUCACGGGUGGUCCAAUGGGGAAACCCAUUGAACUGGAAGAAACACACUGGAUUGGGUAUGUCUACCAGGCAGAUACUCAGAAAUGUAGUUUGCACUUACGCUAUAAUUUUAUUUGUUCUCUUUCUGAACUCCAUUUUGGAUUUUGAAUGAAGCAAUAUAGAAGCAACCAGCAAAAUAACUAAUUUAAGUACAUUUUUUUUUUUUUAAAGAGCUAAGAUAAAGACAGACUGUGGACAUGCCAAACCAAGCAAAUUAGAACUUUGGAACAGUAUCCAGGGAUGAUGAUGAGAGGGCCAGCACAUUGUCCACGUGUGACAUCACAUUUGUUACGAGAGGAGGGUUGUCCAGUUUGCAUCUUCCCUAUGAAGGAAUGCAAGUAAGGACUGGCUUGAAUUCCAUGGAAUUUCUAGUAUGAGACUCUAUUUAUAUUAAGAGGAAGGUAACUUUGCACAUAAAUUGGUAUAAUAAAAAUGAAAUACACAAACAUUUGCAACUUAUAGAUAGGUCCUUGAGUCAAAAGUUGUAAAUAAAUGUGAAAAAUCUUCUCAUGUAAUUAUUUUAAUACCUAACAUAUUAAUCUUUUGAUACUUUAUAUAACUUUUUCUUCAAACACAGCAUCCGUGUUCUAGAACCUUCUUUAUUAUGUAUCAUUUUAAAAGUGUAUAUACUGAGUUAAGAUGAGCAAUGGGAACAAAUAGUAGGAAUGAGUCUCCAGGAAAAGGGAGCCUCAGGUCAGUAAUUAGGAAAACUGGAUGUAUGUCUCUUUCCUAGGAAAAUGAGCUUGAAGUCAUUUGGAUUUAAAAAAAAUAUUUAUUUUCUAAUGUUAAAAUAUUGAGGUUAAAUUCAAGUUUAUUGCCUAAGAGAACAAAAUUAGACCAAAAAUGUCCACUGGCAAAGCAGAGAAUUUAAAGAAAAGACGUGCAAAGAAAUCUGUUUCUGCCUAUUUUGAAAAAGUAAAUCCAUUCAUCAAUUCUCUUUAUAUUUUCAACCAUUAUUUAUUUAGAGCCUACUAAAAGCACUGUGUUAUGUGGGGAACACCCAGAUAAAUGUAAUAUUACCCCUAACUUAAAGAUUUUACAGUCUCAAUUUAUUUGGGGUGACAUUUGAAUUUCUCCAUAAUUUUAUGAGCAGUCAUCAUAAAACCAGCUGUUUGUUAAAAGAUCUUCAGUGAACUCAUUUAGGACAUUAAUCGAACAUCGUACAAGCUACUGAGGUUGACAAAUCAAACAGUUCCAAUGUUACCAUAAAAACAUAUACUGUUUUAGGAUAUUACAUCACUGGCUAGUGGCUGAUAGGGAUUCUAACUUGACCAUUAAAUCAACAGCAGAUGUUAGUCUCUGGCCAAGAAUCUUGGAGGUGUUGCGAUUAGUUUCUUCCCAAAUUAUCAGAAGUGAGGUAAACUGAAAGAAUGAGGUGGAGCGAGGGAGGGGCUUGUAAGAUCCCUUGUAGUGACGUUCAACCAUGAACUUUCCAUGGUUGAAGACGCAGAAUGAUUCAGGGGCCGCAGCCUAACAGCUCACAGCAGUCCCAUCCAUUCAGCAAAGCCUCCAGAAAAAGUAGACCUCACAUAAGUAUUUAUGACAAUUUGAAUAAGAGCCUUUUUUUCUAGAUAAAUCUGUACCAACUCAUCACUGAGAGCACCCUUACUGGAUACUAGAAUUUUAUUUUUUUCUUUUGAUUUACAAUAUUCAGAUGGUUUCUACUGGGAUAUUCCAAGCAGAAUCACUUAUUUUGGUAAAGGAAAGAAAAAUUAUUUACUGUUAAGGUCACAGAAAUGUAUCCACUGAAUGUAAUCUUCUAAUUCAUCCUCAGUACAUGAGCUCCUUAUACAACAGGUUACCUACUACUAAUCACUGGAGAUAGAAGCAAAUAUAAUCCGCAGUGACCCAAAAUGCUUCACAGAACUCCACUUUACUGUUCCUUUUGAAUUAUUUCUGUAGUAUAAACUUGAUUUCCAUUGUUCUAGGGUUUCUCUUUUGUUUUACUUUUCUCCCCUUAGGAAACAUACCAGAGUAUAUGAAAGGGAAGAAAAAAAAACUUUCAUUUGUUCAAAAGAAUAAUUUAUUUAAGCCAGUAAAGUGAAAUUUUAAAAUACUAAUUAAUGCCUGAAAAGGGCAUUGGAAUAUCAGAUUCCAGAGGCUUGUUGUAUCAGUGCAAAUAUGUAGAACCAGUUGAGUAAAUGAGGAAAAUUAAGAGUGAAAUUAUACAGACUGUAUUUUUUAAAUCACCAAAUUUUGUAGCUUUCACCUAUCUUGAGGAAUCCUAUUUUCAGGUAAGGAAAAACUGUAAAACAAAAUUGUUGCUAAAGAAGUAGUUCUUAGGUGAGAAAAGAUGUCCUCUAAACCAGGGUAGACUCAGAGUCAUAAAGCAUCCUGCACCACAAAGAGGUUCUUGGACUACGGAGUAACAAGUGGUUUUCUGGAUAUUAGGUUAGGAUAAGAGUUAGGAUUAGGUUAGGAUAAGAGUUCUUUCUUGAGUAGUAUUCUUAAAAUAGAAUAAAAAAACAAUGCAAGAAUCAAAUUCUAUGUAAACAGGAACUAAAAAUAGAUCCUUUCCUAGAAGAUCUAGGAGAAUGGCUGAAUACCUGUCCAUUGAGAUAAAGAGCCGAAAGAGUGUUCUAAGUGUUACAGUGUGUAACACUUUCUAAAAGCAGGUCAUGGCUUGAAGAUCGUGCAUGUUCUGAAACCCAAGACAAGUAAAGGGACUGUGAGGCUCUACUGCUACAGGAAGUCAUAGGGGCUACCAAUGUGCUUUCUGAAGUAUCAAAAGGAAAAAAGGAAAAUAAAAUUAAGCCCGACAGGGAAGGAUGUAAAUACGUGUUUUUCUAGAGCUAUCUAAACUUUAUUUCAAAACUUGAAUUAUUCAUCCAUCUAUAAAUGUUGAUUAUUUAACUAGUAUAUGUAGUUCAUAAGGUAAUAGAAAAGUUGAUCAUGAAAGCAUGUAUAUAACUGGGCAGAACCUUAAUAAUGCUAUAAGAUGUAGAUUUAGUUAGGUUAUCAGGUGUUAAAUGAUUUUGAUAUUAUUAAAUCAAGCUAGAAAACUAACCACAAAAUAUAAUGUAACAUGAUAAAGUGAAAGAUUUGAAGCUGUAGGAAGGAUUUUGCAUAGUAAAAAAUAAGUUUGCCGUUUAAAAUUGUUAUUUGUUAGUUUUAGCUGAAAGUAGGACUAUAAAGAGCUGGUUCCAUUUGUGAAAACUUGCUUUGAAAUAUUACAAUUAAGGUUGUUUUUUUUCUCAUUCUCUUACUCCUUUACCAUUUUUUAAAUGUAUUAAGUAUAAAGAGGAGUUUUUAAAAAUUUGUUUUCCCAACACCACCAGUUUAAUGGGCAAUAGGUUACAUAUGACUUUAAGCAAGAUGUCUUCAAAAUGCAGUCAAGGAAAUGUCAGUGUUCUAUUACCUUGUGCAGAGACAAAGAAUGAGUGGUGCCAUUUAGUAAACAAACAAAAUACAUUUGUAACACGUCUUUUUCCCACAAUACCCUCCCAUCUCCAAGAACAAAAACUGGGAAUUAGUUGACAAUAUUCUCAUAAAUAAAUGCCAACCUAAGCAUUUCAAACGGCUUUAUUUCUAUUAUUUUGUUCUCUGGUCAUUAGACUGAUGAUUUUUUAUGGGGAAUAAGAAUUCUGGGGAAUAGGAGCUUCUAUUUAUUUAAAAGCCAGAUAAACUAACUUCUACUGUAUAUGCUAUGGUCAGAGAAUUCUGCUGUACCUCUGUGUAUAUGGACUUUGCAGGACAGCUUUAGUGCCCAGGUAGAAACGUACAGGCAGACUCAUGUCUCCUGAUUACUAUUUGCUUAAGAACAUUAUGCAGAGAGUAGAUUAAGUGUAAUUUAAAAAUAACUGUAUCAGGGUAGACCGUGAUAUUAUUGAUAUUACAAAGGGGCCAGAUGUAUACUUCUGGGUAGAAUUAAUUUUCCAGUCCUAGAGACAGAUGCCUCUGCAAGAGUAGUUCUCUUCCACAGUUGCAAACAUGAAGCUAUUGAGAGCACAAUGUGGGGUCCUAAACCCGUGUUUAUGGGCCAAGGGCUUUUAACACCAGGGGCUGCUCUGUUCUUCUCAUUAAAAAGAAAAGUCUCUAUAAAAUAGCAGAAAUUUCAGACACCCUGGUUAAGUCUCACCGAUUUAGUAGAGGUGCAACAAUGUAGGUUGGGUCACUUUUCCCUCACCUCUUCCUGACCAGGUGAAAUUUUAGGCAGAAGGAAAUACUUCUCGAGUUGUGAGCUCAAAAGACUCUAAGCUCCAGUUUCAUGGGGGAAUUCACAUGCUUCCCCUGGAAAACACUCCUUGAUAGCUUUACAAGUGAUUAUCUUUUUAGGUAUCACAGAAAAAUUCAUUUCUCUCUGGAUGUUAGAGAAAAAUACCAUCUUUACUUCUUUUCCCAUUGGCAUAACCAUCUCUCUCCUCUUUUCUACCAACCUAGUUCUUUUUCUACCCUUCAACCAACCUAGUUAAAAGUGGCCCUCUUGAUGCUGUACCUCCCUUAAGCCAUAGUGCAUCGCUGAGGUCCCACACCCUGCUUUGUGAAAUACUGACUUAGCCUCUGCACUCAAAUGCCUGAUUUUUCCAUAAAAGAUUUUAACAAUUUGGACAUUGUUUAAAUUAUUUUCUCAGUCAAUUACUACACAGAGUAUACUUUAUGAUACUCAAAUUAUGUUUUCCCAUGAAGAUCAAUUCUCUUACUGUGUCCUUCUCUGUAGGAAUUUGAGUCGAGUUAGCUGUGUGAUGAAUUCUGGAAGUCACAUAUGUGCACAUAUACUUGGUGGGUCUUAGAUUUAAUCCUUCCAUAAAAACCUUACAUAUCAGGAGAAGUUAGUCUUGCCAGAAGAUUAAUUUAUUUACAUAUUUAUCUUAGUUUAUUCUUGAAUGCAAAUAUCUUACAGCUGCUGUAAUCUUUUUUUCACAAAUGAAGAGUCUUAUUAUCUUAAAGGUAAAGGCUAUUCAGCUUUGAGAGCCACCUGUAAUUCCUGGAUCAUUCAUCUAUCUGACGGACAAUAUAAUGAGGGAAGUUUCACUACCAUGAAAAUCCAUGUUGUCUAAUAUGUUGCCACUUUUGUCUCUGCCUUUGCUGUUUAAGGGCAUUUUUUUCAAGGCUGUAUUGAGUUUUACCCAUAUCAUGAGAAGUGGUUAUAUUUGCACAAAUAUACAAAUAUAGUUUCAUACCUGUGAGCAAUAGUCUAACUUGCCCAAACCACAUUGUCUUUAUUGCUAUUUUUAUUCCUGAUGUGCAGAUGUUUCUCCCAGGCCUGUAGCCCUUUUGAAGGAAAGCAAAUCACACCUCCAAAUACAUGACAUAACCUGGUUCUCAAUAUCAUUUCCAGAUUCUUCAGUUAAUGAAGGGAGGCAGUUGUACUUUUUCCCUAAAAUGAGAGUGAUUUUCCUGUAUAUUUCUGGAUCUCUCAGGGGCUGGGAAGGGGGAGUGAGGGGACUACACCAUCGCACUCCAAGAACCCUUUUGGGAUUACUCCAGUAAUCAACUACGAAAGUUAUUUUCUUAAUGUAGAUAUGUAGGCUGUUCUUUUAAAGUAAGGUACUUUGAAAUAUGUAGCAUAAAUUGGUACUGCUGUUAAAUGGGUCGAUUAUUAAACUGAGCAGCUGUGUGAGGGCAGCUAACUUUGAAUGCACACCUCUCUGGCUGGUGUGUCUACAUCUCACACUGUGUGCUCCAGGGACUUGCAAUGCUGCCUGUUGAGACUGCAUUUUCACAUGGUGUAACUAGUUGCUCUCUUUCUUGGGCACUUCUAACAAGAUCAAAUGAAAAUGAGAUCAAUCUGCAAGACAAUUCAUAGCACAAAAAAUUAAGCCACAAUCAAUCUUCUCUCAAACCCUCAUCUCAUACACACAUCAAAGCAGUUGAUUAAGAUCAAUUCAGGUGAUAAAGGGAGACACUUUACGAAAAAAGCAGAGGCUUACGGUAUUAUAUACAUUUGUAUUCAUUUCCUUGUGUUCUUAACUUGUAAAGAGAAAACAAGUCCUCUCUCUUACAAGUAUCUUCAAAGGACAGGGAUACAAACAUAUGUAGCUGGUAAGCCAUUGAUGUUUCAUUUAAAUCCUAGUGUUCAAAGUUAGCUGCCUUUUUUAAAUAAACAAACAAAAAAUACUACUGUAUGUUUGAAAAUGUGAAUAGUAUUUUUAUAGCUUGUUCAAGACAUGGCUAGUUGCAUUUGUAAAUAAGGGUAAUGUUGCUUUGAUUUUCUUUUGUGGACAUCUUUAUUUGGAACAUAAUUGUCUUUAGGGUUGAUUUGUAUAUAAGUAAUUGACUUGUGAUUGUUGCUUUUCAGUUGGAAGUUAUCAUUUGACAUUACUUGUGAUUCUGUGUUCAGCACUAUUGUGACGUGUUCAACCUCUGCACUCGCUUACACAAUAGGAUAUGCCAAUUGUGUGUGGUGUAAUGUUCUUUUGAUUUUUUUUCUAUUUUAUCUAUGAAGGAUUAUGCACUUAACACAUACUAACUUUUUUAAUGUUAGGUAUAUUUUUAGUAUAAUUUCCCUUAUUCUUUCUUCUCCUCCAACCCUUCACCCCAUUCCCUUUCCUUCCCCCAGUUUCUGCUGUUAUUUGAGAAUGAGGGACAAAUGGUAUUUUAAAUUUCUGUAAUUAGACUUUUCAGUUAGUUCUCAAGGAUCCUCUUUUGGCCCUUGGGAAAGAAUUGUACCUGUAAAGGCAAUUAUAGAAUGCGACCUGCUUUGCCUCAUUCCAUACUAAUCAUCCCAGCUGAACAAUUUGAAAACUGUUCUGCCUUUUUGUUACAUGAAUCUGUCAGAAAUAUAUUUUUAAUUUAAUAUAAAUGAAAUUCAAUAAAA